CGUUUGGAGAGAACUGCUCCUUAAAGUAAAUAUGUACCAAUAACUUUGUAUUUUCACAACCUUCAACUUUAGUUCUGCACACGUUAUUUUUAUAUGUGCUACUGACACCUUACGUUCUGAUGAAUGGAGUAGUCCAGCGUUAAGCACGAGGGUUGUUUAUUUGUUAACGGUGGUGUGAAUAGUUUCUAGAGCUUCCGUAGUAACCGUAUUUGUGUGUUUUUGAACCUGCGGCCACAAAAUUGGAUUGAGUGGGUACUGAGCUAUGACUUGCGUUAUUUUAUUUUAGCAUUGCUUUCGUAGCAGCGUUUCCCCCGAGCGAAUUACGGUUAAGCAUGAAUUUGAAUGCCGUCACGCCUGGACUGCCUGCCCCAGGAGCAUUUUUGUCUCUCCGGGUCUCCUGGGUUGAGGUAUUGCCGGAGUACUCGUUAGUAUAUGUGUGGGGCUGCUUCAACAGUGGCCGGGAGAAAGAGUAUGAACGCUUGCAAAGUAAAAUCCAAUCUGCCAAAAAGUUCCGAUUUACGGAAGAAGACGGGAGUCUUCCUAACCUUGGAGAUGUGUGUUUGGUGGAACUGACAGAUGGAUGGCAACGGGGUAGAAUUGUAGGGAAAGUAAGGAAGGACUUCCAAGUGUUUCUCCUUGACUUGGGGAGUACAUUGACCGUUGGGGCAUCUAGGUUAGCCAAGGCUUGCGAAGAUUUGUUUUUUCUUCCCCCCGAAGUGAUUGCAUGUAUUAUAGCCAACCUAGCCCCAUUUUGUCCUGGUAAAGAAGCCAAAAAAUGGUCGCCAGCAGCUGUGGAAUAUUUUGGCCAUCUCCGUGGAAGUAAGAUGGAAGGACUGGUUCAAGACGUUAUCAUGCCUUAUAGAGUGUCAAUUCUAGAGGUUCCAGUUUUGGUUAGACAGAUGUGCGAAAUGGGUUUGGCCAAAGAGGUACCCCGUGAUGUAUUUAGAACUGUGGUGCACAGAGUAUAUUUUCCACAGUAUAAAAAUGCCACUCCUGGGUUGGUUACAAGUCCCAUUCAGGGAAGUGGGAGCCUAAACUGCAGACCACUUUCAGAACCUUCCAUUCCUUACGGUUUGGAUUUCUUCUAUCCUCAGUUACAGAUGGGUGUCACUGAACCUGUCAUAGUUACCAGAGUUUCCAGUCCUCACAGAUUGUUUUGCCAGUUGAAGAGUUUGUCUGGUGAGCUAAAACGACUUUCUGAACAUAUGCAGCACUUUUAUGAGGGGCGACAAACCAUAAAAGAAGCAGGACCCAUAAAAUUAGGCUCACCCUGCUGUGCCAGAGGAAAGGAUGGCAGGUGGUAUCGAAGUGUUGUCAUGCAGAUAUUUUCCCAGAAAAGUUUUGUGGAAGUGCUGCAUGUUGAUUAUGGGACAAAGGAAUAUGUUCCUCAAAGUUUUGUUAAGCACUUGGCAGCAGAUUAUUUCAGAAUGCCUGUAGUAACUUAUGUUUGUGCAUUAUAUGGAAUAGCUGAAAAUGAGAAUGUCUGGUCAGUCAAACAAAUUGAAGAUUUAAAGUUGUUGUUGCUGCAUAAAUCUGUUAGUGCAAGAAUUGAAUAUUAUUGCUCUUUGGAGCGUGUAUAUUAUGUAACCUUAUACAGGGAUGAUGGUGUGAAUUUAAAUCACAUGUUUGGAUUUCAGUCCAGUUUAUUUUCUGAUGAAAUUAUAGGAGGCUGUAGCGAAGAUGAUGAGCUUGAUGAAUUACAGCCUUUUUGUUUGGAAGAGACAGUAUUCCCAUUUGUUGAAAAGUCAGUGAGCCGAAACGCAGAAAGUAAACCUGGUCCUUCUGUAGUGCCUGUACAGUCUCAGGCACUAAAGACAGCAGAGCUUAAGGUUAAUGUCUUUUAUGAUGCAGUAGUUGAGUAUGCGAAGAAUCCUUCAGAGUUUUGGAUUAGAACAAAGGAGUAUAUGCAGGAGUUUAAGAGAAUGAUUCAUAGUAUUAAAAUGUUGUAUGAAAAUGCAACAAAACGAGAAGGUCUUAUUAAAACCCCUGAAUGUGGAUUAUUUUGCUGUGCAAAAUCUAAGGACAGUUAUUACUAUAGAGCAGUUAUUACAAGUGUCCAAGGUAGGAUGGUUGAAGUAUUUUUUGUUGACAUUGGAAAUACAGAGCUAGUGGAGUGGUACGAUAUAAAAGAACUGCUUCCAAAAUUUCAAGACUUACCCUGUCUUGCAGUGAAGUGCUGUCUUGCCGAUGUAAUUCCUUUAGCUGACAAAUGGAGUAAAGAAGCAGUUACGUACUUCAGGAGAAUGGUUCUCAAGAAGGAACUUGUUGUGCAUGUCUUGGCUAUAGAAGAAAACCAGUAUUUGCUAGAAAUGCUGGAUGACUCGCGUGUGGGUGAGAAAAGUUUGAGUAAAGUAUUUUCUCAAGCUGGUUAUGCAAAGUACCAAGAGUCUGAUGCAACUGUUACUCCAUCCCUUCGUCCUGUGCUUCGUAAAGUACCAGAGUGUCUGCAUGUGGAGCAACGUUCAGAACUGAAUACAAAAAAGGCUCAUUUAGAACAUGAUCAUAAACUGAGAGCAAAACAGAAACAAGCUAUAGAACAUGAUCGUAAACUGAAAGCAAAACAGAAACCAACUAUAAGAUCAUCCCGUUUAAAGAAUGCAGUUAAACAGUCAGAAGAAACUAACAGUUUACCUGGUCCUUCUUUAACUGCUGAAGGACCUAGUACAAAUAAGCAUGCUCAUUGUGUUUCCCCAAAGAAAGAAUCUGCAGUUAAGUUAGUCUGUCCUUAUAAAGAACAGUCAAUUGAAGUAGGAUGUACUGUGGAUGUGCAUGUCUCAUAUGUUGACUGCCCUGGUAAUUUCUGGUGCCAGCAGAAGUUUGUUAAAAAUGUGUUUGAUCUUAAAACUUUAAUGGAGAGUAUUCAAGCAUAUUGUAAAAACAGUGCAACUCCUUAUAAAAUUGGCGAACCUGCUUGUCUGGCUAGGUACUCUGAGGAUGGGAACUGGUACAGGGCAUUAAUUGUUGGCGACGCAUUUGCCACAGGGGAAGUGGAUAUACUGUAUGUAGACUAUGGAAAUGAAGAAAAAGUAUCUGUGAAAGAUCUUUUAGCAAUUAAACCUGAAUUUUUGAGUUUACAAGCACAAGCAUUUAGAUGUAGUGUUUAUAACCGAAUUCUGUCCGUUAGCUGUGAUCCUUUAAAUUGGAAUGAAGAUUCAGUGGUUGUAUUUCAGAAUUUUGUUGAUGCAGCAGCCACUGAUCACAUUGACCUCAGUUGCACAAUAUAUGGCCAAAUUGCAGUUUUGGAAAGAAGAUUCUAUGUUGUAGAUCUUAAUACACCAUUUAAAAGUGUUAGUCAACUUCUUAUUGAAGCAGGACUUGCUUCCUCUGGUUUGCAGAAGAGUGUUGGGCAGGCAGUUCAGCUGUACACUUUUUAUUAUUCGACACAUGAUAUAAAAAUUGGAAGUGAAGAAGUUGUCUACGUUACACAUGUUAAACAUCUUCAACAUUUUUAUUGUCAGCUUUCAAGGAACUCUGCUGAUAUAGAUGAUUUAUUUGUCAAGAGCAGCCAAUAUUGUAGAAAUAAACAACGUUUAAACAGUCUGAAUCCUGGAUCAUUAUACCUUGCAGAGUACAGUGACCAUAAUUGGUACAGAUGUACAGUUAAGAGAAAGCAACCUGUUUUGGAAGUAUUUUUUGUUGAUUAUGGAAAUACUUAUGUAGUUGAAAAUAAACAUCUUUUGCCAAUUUGCAGUGAUGAGUAUAAACUCAUGUUUAUGCCAAUGCAAGCUAUAAAGUGUGGGUUGUCAGAUGUCCCAGUGACUGUAUCUGAGGAAAUAAAUGCAUGGUUUGAAAAAACUGUUAAUGACAAGCCAUUGAGGGCUGUUGUUGUAGCUAAGGAGUCCGAUGGAAAGCUUCUGGUUGAAUUGUAUGAUGGAUCUGUACAGCUGAAUGCUGCUAUCAAAGAGCGCUUGGGAAAACAAACUGUGUCCACAAAUGAAAGUGUCAGUAAGUGUAAUUCUGCAACUGAGACUGUUGAAAGGAAAUGUGUUUCUUUUGGUUUGAGUGAAAUUCAUUGCAAAACAUCCAGGUCAGAAAAGAAAUCUUGUACUGUAGAAGAAAGAAGCAAACGAGAAGUAAUUAAGUCUUUGGAAUCUUCUGAAGAAUUGAUAUUGAAUGGUGCAUGUUGUGUAGUAGACGGUUUAAAAGAAGGUUCAGAAAAAGAUGGUCAUCUUAUUACUGAAACUCUGAGCAAGCUUUGUGAUCUUCCAAUUAAGAAUUUGAAUCCUGGCUCUAAAGCUAAGGUUUACCUUUCACAUACGGAUCACCCUUUAUCUUUUUUUGUUCAGUUACUGCAAGAUGAGAAUGAACUACUUUUUCUUGCAGAUAAUCUGAAUGCUUCAGUAUCAAAACGUACAAACUUACCUGGGCACCUUUGCAAGGUUGGCAACUUAGUAUGUGGUGAAUUUCCAGAUGAUAGUUUUUUGUAUCGAGCUAUCAUAAAGGAGAAGUACUCUGAUAGUUUUGUUUCUGUUCAGUUUAUUGACUAUGGAAAUGAAGCAAAGAUUGAAAUGUCUAAGGUGUAUAAACUUGAUGGUUCUUUUCUUUCUAUCCCACAACUUGCAGUCCACUGCAGACUUGCUGGAGUUCAAAAUCCGCACAUUUCAAAUUGUUGGCCAGAGGGUAGUCUGACAUGUUUUGAAGAAAGAGUGAAAGAUAAUCGGUUAACUUGCAUAUUUUGGCAGAAAAGUGAUGGGCUUUGGGAGGUUGAACUUGUUGAUGACAAAGGUUCCAUAAACACUGCUGUAAAUGAUGUUCUUUGUAGUGCACAGAAUAAUCUUUCUCAAACAGGGGUGGAAAAUCUGGCAAGCAAAGAGUCUGUUGUGUAUAAAAUGUCUGCUGUUGACAAACAUGAUCAAGAUGUAGGCACUGAUAAAUUUAUUUGGAAGAUUCCUACAGAAGGAGACACCAUUGAAACAGUUGCUGCUAGUGUUAGUAGACCAGACUAUUUCUGGUGUCAGUUUGCCACAGCCGAAGAAAUUCAGCUGUUGACAAAAAAGUUGCAGGAUCUCGGAAGCUUACAUGUGAAUGGAAAUGCACCAUAUGCAUUUUCUGUUUGUGAUGCUUGUAUUGUAAAAUGUGCAGAGGAUGACCAGUGGUACAGAGCUGUAAUUAAGGGUCUUAAGGAAGAUUCUUUGUCUGUAAGAUUUAUUGAUUAUGGAAAUGAAGAAGUUGUCAUCCAAGAUCAGAUCUGUCCAAUUCCAUCAGAAAUAUUGAGUAUACCCGUGCAGGCAUUUCCAUGUUGUUUGGAAGGUUUCAGUCCUGAUAAAGGAUUUUGGGACCCCAUUGCUGCUGACAAGUUUUGUGAGAUUGUUACAAAAGAUGAUGUUCUGAAAGUUACUGUGGUCAGAACAGGAAAAGAUGAGCAAACUUGUGAAAUCCCAAUGCUCUAUGUAAAUGUAGAAUGUAGAGGAGAAGUCCUUAGCAAUUUAAUGCAGGAUUUCUGGAGGCCUCUUGCACAAAAGGAAAACCUUUCAUUGCAAGAUGUUUGUUCUGAAAACAAGGAGAUUGAAAUGCAUUUGCCCUUUCUGGGGGAAAAAGUCCGUAUUGCUAAUACAAGUGGUACAAAGGGGGCAUUUGAAAUUGUUGAGGAAAGGAUUUUGCCUGAUGGUCUGUUUUUGCAUCGGGUUCCUUUAAGAUAUGGUAAUUUUUCAGCAGCACAAUUGGCUGUCCCCAAGACUAAUUCAGAUGGUGCAGUUCAAAACAUGGGUGCAGUAGCUGUUGAAACACCUGCAACAUUGGUAAAUAAUCAGAGUGUAAAUGUUGUGGAUAUACAGCAUAUAGAAGUGUGCACAGUGAAUAAAAUGCCGGAUGUACAAAGUCCUGAAAUCCCUAACUUGGAGGCUGUAUUGGCGCAGGGUGCUGGCAAAGAUGCUCUUGUAUCUCCUGAAGGUGCAAAUGAUUUCCUUGAAGAUAAAGAUGCAGAUGAUUUCCAUGAUGAUGCAGACGAGAGUGGUGAAGAACUGUGGAAUCUACAGAUGGACUACGAGUUGGAUGCACAGGCUGAUCACAGUGACCUCUACCAAGAAGUGUUCCGAGAUUGUAAGAUGGAUGACUCUUCCCUGCAGUCUUGUGAUACUACUUUCAGUAACAUUUUAGUUCUUGAGGAAGAUGAAAGUGAAGAAUUAGUCCAUAAAGAAAGAGUCAGCUUUGAAGAACCUAAUGAAGUUUCAGCAGAAGAGACUGUUAUAGGUAAAGCAGGCCCAGGAGAAUCUGAGGAUAGUACACCUUUUGCUUUGUCAUCAUUCCCUCCAAAUAACUGGAGUGAUGCACAGAAUUUGGCCAUUACUGUUGAAAGUGAAAAGGGAUCAGAUGCAACAGCUUGCUUUGAGGAACUCGAUGCACUUGAAGUACUGGAACCUGGGGAUGAUGUAGAAUCUCUCACACUUGAUAAGGAGUCCUUUGCUGUACCAUGCCAUGAAGAGAUGGAUGAACUUGGGAAUGCGCUACAGUUUGAAGUUGCUUCAGGAGUUGUUCCUUUAACAUCUGAGGAAUCAGAUGCAGCAGCUCUGGACAAGAAGCUCACAGCACACGAGGGCACACUAGAACUUGGAAAUGAUUUAGAUUCUCUUACCCUUAAUGAGGGUUCUACUGAUGCAUCUUGCGCAGAAGGGACUGUAGAAAUGGAGAAAAUAACUGCAUCCGAAAUGCUUAAGAAUCCAGAUUCACUUUCAGACAAUAUCUGUGAGUCCUUUGUUGCACCUUGCCAUGAAGAGAUGGGUGAACUUGAAAAUGUGCCAGAGUCUGAUUUUGCUUCAAGCGAAGCUGCUUUCACAUCUGAGGGACCAGUUAUAGCGGUCUUUGAGACUACCAUGGCAUUCAAGGACACCCUGGACUGUGGAACUAAUCUUGAAUCUCCAACACUUAAUGAGGGUUUAGCUGCUGCAACUUGCACAGGAACAAUUGUGGAACUCGAGAAAAUAACAGUGUCUGAAACAGUUUGGAUACCGGAUUCACUUUCACAUGAUACUUGUGGUUUAGCUGCUGCAACUUGCACAGAAACAAUUGUGGAACUUGAGAAAAUAGCAGCGUCUGAAACAGUUUGGAUACCGGAUUCACUUUCACAUGAUACUUGUGAAUCCUUUGCUGCACCAUGUCAUGAAGAAAUGAGUGGUCUUGAGAAUAUGUCAGCGUUUGAAGUUGCUGCAGAGGUGGUUACAGUUUCCUCUGAGGGUUUAGCUGCUGCAACUUGCACAGAAACAGUUGUGGAACUCGAGAAAAUAGCAGUGUCUGAAACAGUUUGGAUACCGGAUUCACUUUCACAUGAUACUUGUGAGUCCUUUGCUGCAUCAUGUCAUGAACAGAUGAGUGGUCUUGAGAAUAUGCCAGAGUUUGAAGUUGCUGCAGAGGUGGAUACUGUUUCCUCUGAGGAAACGGGCAACGUUUUCAGCUCGACAAUGGAACAGACUACCAGUCCCAUGGUCAGUCCUCCUUCCAGCUACAAAAAGUUAAGCAAACAGCCU